UUAGGUCAAAAUUGUAAUUAAAUUAUUAGCUAAUUCUAUAAACAAUUUUUUUACAUAAAUAAAUUAUAUUAUUUCUGUUGGAAUUCAAUGUUAAUUCGUUAUUUGUGAUGCAUUCUUGUUGCGGUAAUGAAUUAGUUACCAAUUCGGCUAUAAGUGAAGUAGUAUCGUACAAUAUAAAACAAAUUGUUAAUUUAGUGUAUUCUGAGAAUAAUUUUGCUGGUGUUACUAUCGUUGCAUUCGUAAUUAGUGUUGCAGUAAUCGUGGUCACUCGUAGAAUCGGUGCUAAAUAUUUUAUAUCAUAGCUAGCUGGCCAGAAAGUAAAAGUAAUGAGAGUGACUGCUAUCCUUCAGUGAGCCCUCGGUUUUAAAGGGCAUCCGUUGUCGCAAGUGUCACCGCGGGCGGGGAGGUGGGUCUCACUGGUCCGGAGCCCCAGGACGGCGCUAUGAAAGGAGUAGAGGCCACACCAGAAGAACAAGAACGGCUAGCAACGGGAAAUAACAAUGGAUCUCUCGAUUGCAAACUACCAACACCCCAGCAACCCGGGCCACGAUCGGCAUUUCACUCUACUAGAGUGUUCAUGCUUGUUUUUCUAUCGGGAUGGGUUUUACAAGGCAUGUUUCUCACGUACUUUGUCAGCGUAACAACGACGGUUGAAAAAUUAUUUAAAGUGGAAUCGAAGACGACUGGAACAUUGUUGGCGGCUACAGAAAUUGGACAAAUCUGCACGGCGUUGUUUUUGACCUAUCUGGCAGGUCGCGGUCACAGGCCGAGGUGGAUUGCGUGCAUGAUGCUUGUGCUCGCUGUGGGAGUGAUUGGUUGCGUGGUGCCGCACGUACUUUACGGGACGCGGUUGAUGGACGUUCAUUUAAAUUCGCACCGAGGUGGUGCUGCACCCGUGUGCUCUUCAGACGGAAACUCAACAUUGAUCACAUGUGACGAAGCUCACGCUAAGAGUAGGGCCACGCGGUCGUCUAUCACCGCCGUGGUGAUACCAUGGCUAUUCAUCUGUCUCCUCGUCGUCGGCGUGGGGCAGACCGGUAUUGCUACACUCGGCAUACCGUACGUCGACGACAACGUGGGUAGCAGACAAUCGCCAUUGUACAUGGCUAUUACAAUUGGAACAAGAGUCAUUGGACCGGCACUUGGAUUCCUUCUCGGGGCGCUUUGUACAAGAGUUUACGUGGACCCUCUGGUUGAUCCCGGCUACGAAUUCAGUGAUCCCAGAUGGGUUGGAGCAUGGUGGCUUGGCAUGGUGUUUAUAGCAGGAUUUAUCGUUAUACUGUCGGCGUUGAUGUUCUUUUUCCCACGUCAAAUCAAACAAAGUCCAAUUCCGCUGCAUCCGAAGAAGAACAUCGAAAGAAAAGGACCAUUUUUCAAAGAUUUCUUCGCGACGAUUAAACGUCAACUGACCAAUGACAUAUUGAUGUGGCGGACCGCGUCGUCCGUAUUACAUUUGAUGCCUAUCAGCGGUGUUUACUCCUUCCUACCCAAAUAUUUGGAGAAGCAGUUCCGCUUGCCUACGCAUGAUGCCAACCUUGUCUCGGGUUUGGGUGGUAUAUUGGUGAUGGGAUUGGGUAUAAUUACAUCAGGCGUGGUGAUACUUAAAUUGGUACCUACAGCGAGACAGGUCGCCGCUUGGACGGCUGCUACCGCUGCUAUAUAUAGUGCCGGUAUGGUGGUGCUCAUGUUCGUGAGUUGUCCCGAGGAGAGCUUCCGAGCGCUCACUCCGACCGACGUGGCCAAUCUGUCGUGCAGCUCUGAGUGUCACUGCUACGGUGCACCUUACUCGCCUGUAUGCGGACAGGACUCCUUUACAUAUCAAUCUCCGUGCCAGGCCGGCUGCUUGAGCAGCAAACAGCUCGACAACAGCACGUGGCUUUAUUUCAACUGUUCAUGCGUGGACGCUAGUCUGCAGGGCGACAAGGCUUUCAAAACCCUAGAUCGCUACGAGCUGUCGGACGGGUCGGACGACUUCGCGACCAGCGGGUUCGCGGUGAGCGGUGAGUGCGGCGGCGCCUGCAACCAGAUAUACGCCUUCAUCGCCAUCUUCGCCGCCGUCAUGUUCGUGCACGCCAGCGGCGAGGUGGGCGCCGUGCUGCUCAUCAUUCGCUGCACCGAUAAACACGACAAGGCGAUGGCGAUGGGCGUGAUCCAGUUCGCGAUCGGCGUGUUCGGCAACGUGCCGUGCCCCAUCGUGUUCGGCGCCGCCGUGGACGCCGCGUGCCGCCUGCGCGACGCCGCGUGCGGCCUGCUCGGCGCCUGCGCCUCCUACGACAGCGACAGCCUGCGACACUUCUACCUCGGUCUGUCGGCCGGGCUGAUGUUUCUCGCUUUCAUAAUGGACAUGUUGGUGUGGAGCCGCGCUGGACGGAUCGACAUGAACCCCGCCGAUCGCGCACCCGACCGCGACCAGCUGCCUUCGGACACGCCGCUCUGAUGCGUACCACACACACCUUCACACUCACCCUCAAUCGCAACCUUACGCUCGCCCUCCCGCUCACCUUUACAUACACCCUCACACGCAUCUGCAUUGAUAGCUGCCACCUCACCUUUGCGCAAACACCCACGCACACCCUCCGGCAUACAAUCACACGAACAUUCAUACUUUGACUGCGCGUCUGAGCUGAAACAGUCGAAAUUACCACAUCGGUAUGAAAUAUUGUCUUAAUCAAAUAGUUCUAUCGUGCUAUUGACGAUAGUGAUCGAGGGGCAAGGAAACCUAUUACAAAUUAAAUAUUUGUAUACAAUUUUUAAUUAGAAUCAAAAAUUCGACAGGUCUAAAAAAAGCUAUUCGUAGCUUCAUUAAGAGAGACCGAAUCCUAGAUUAUAAGACGUCUAUCGUAAGUCUUUACAUAUAAGAACACAAUAAUUCUUAUGAUAAUUAAUAUAUUUUCUUCAACUUACUUCAUUUACUUUUGUCCGUCUUGAUAUAUGAUAUUUUUGUAAAUUCAACUAUUCCCGGAUCGUAGCGCACGCGUUAUUUUUUGAAUAUUUAGAAUUUUAUAAACUCCGUGAACUCAUUCUACGCAUUCUCGAUGUCAGUUCUUCGUCAAAGUACCACCGGGAUUCAAGUUGUCAGUUUGAUAUACAAUUGUUGAAAAGUAUUUCGAUUUCAUGAAUUGUUAUUGCUUUGUAACGAAAUUUACGACUUUUCUAUUUAUAGUUAUAUAUUAACGUUUUUUUUUUAAUAUAAAUGUUUUUAAGAACCCAUAUUUAGAAAAAAUUUACUUCUUUGUCGUUAAUAUGGUGAUAAUACGUAAUUCAUAAUAAUAAUUAAAAUUUAAGAAUACGAUAUUCUUAAAGCGUUAUUAAAACAUAUUUUUUAAUAUAACUAAGUCUGUAGUUAUCAUUUUUUUUUAUUCCUCGCUUUUUACGGUUAAUGAUGACUGAACAAAGGAAUAAUAGUUUUGCAUUUUAUUAUUUAUACAUUUUGUAUACUAGUUUCUUAUUUUUUUUAAUCUGUGCUCAAUUUUAUUUAAGUAAUAAAAUGAAUAUGCAUAAUAUUUUUAAUGGCUCGAAAUGAAUUACGAUUAUUUUAUUUCAUUUAUUUUUGUUUUGUAUAGAAAUAGUACAAGAUUUUUUAAAUGUAAUCUUUAUAGGAGGGAAUUAAGGUCUGGUUUGAUCCGCGAAGUCCCGAAACACAUAGUUUUAAUUGUAUGGUUACGAUUUUUUUUUUAACAUGUAUUUCUAUAAAGAAAUCACAUUACUGGGACUGAGUUAUAAAACUUUGUGACCACUGCCUCAAUAUUUUUAAAAAGGUUAAUUUAAAAAAUAAUAAUAUUUGAAACUGAUUUUCACAAAUAAAGCAAUUUAAAGCUGUAAACACCUGAGAAAUAAAUUAAUAUAAAGCUGUGGUCACAUAAGUUAUACAUUUUUUUUUUCGAUUAUUGCGAAUUACAUGGCUAGUGAUUAGAUUUUUAUAUUAGAUUAGAGCGAGUUUUUUUUAUACAAAUUACUGCUAAUUAUACUGUAAAUAUAUUAAAUCAAUUGAAUAUAUAAUCACAUAAUAUUAGUAUAAUUAAGACAGCUGUUAAUUAUUAGGACGUUUUUUACGUAUUUAUAUUGGUUUUCAAUUUCAACAUCACAAUAGCUAUGGCCAGUUGGAAACUAUUUUCAAUGCGUAUUAUAUAAUUAUUAUACUUAAAUAUAUUCUUGGAGUUAUUUGGCGAUAUGAAAUUACUUAGUUUGGCGACCUUUAGUCGUCAAGUGUGUUGUAAGUAUAAGAUACAUUUUGAUUAGAAAUGUUUAGUAAAAUAUCGUUUUGUUAAUGAAUGUUGACUUGCUCUUAAUAUAUCCUUACAUUAAUAUUAUAUAAGAAAGCUAUAAUAUAUAUAAUAUUAUAGCUUUUCAUAUGGCAAGCUAUAGUUACAAUUUUUUGCAAUUAUUAUACUAUUUUAUACAAAUAACCUUUCUCGUAAUAAUGGAAGGCUAAUAAGGCUGGGUCAUGUGUAAAAUAUUUAGAAAAAAUAAGAUAUAUUUUGAUUUAAGAUAACUCUGAUAUUCUACAAAGGUGUCUAAAAAGUUUCUAUAUAUCUGUGAUUAUUUAUCACACAUCGCAAAAAGUUAUUUAUAUAUUUUUUGGAAAGUGCAUUUCCUAUUGCAAUAAUAAAAUAAACACAGAUAACUAAAUUCCAAGUUUAUUUAAUAACACGAACGCCACUGCCAACCCAACGCAAAUAUAAUACUUAAUAUUUUUUACAUAUAAAGCAGUUUUACAGUAGCUUUUACGAGUUAACAUUUUCUAUAUUAAUGUAUAUUUAAAAAAAUACAAUAUUUUUCCUACUUCUUAUUAAAUGUGCAUUAUAAUCGUGCAAUGUUUUUAAAUUAAAUGUAAGUAGUUUUAAAUAUUCUAAUUUUUAAAACGUAGAUUCGACCGAGUGUAAUUUUUUAAGAUAGCAUCGUUAAAUACAUUUUUUUUAAUUGUGAAUAUGGUGCUUUAUAUUGAAACAUGAUAUUACAAAAUAUUUUAUUGAAGUGCUCUGUUUGCGCUGGUUCGAGUAUGCCAUUUGUUAUUUAGUGUAAAGCCACAGUGAAUAGAAUGUGUAAAAAGGGACUUAAAUCAAAACUUUUUUAUGAAUUAAAAAACUUGCAAUUGUCAAUUACAAUAUUUUUUAUCUGUGCACAUUCUAUUGAAAUAGGUUAUACUUGGCAUCUUUGCUAUAAUAGCUUAUUUAUAGUUAAAUGUCAAAAUAUAAUCUGUGCAAACAUUAUAUUAUUGAAUCAUGAUUAUAUUUUUUUUAAUUGUCUUUUCUAUUAAUCAAGAUUAAUAGUUCGACGGAGCGCAAUCUGUUUUGUAUAAUUCUCAUAAUGUAAUUGAUAACUCGACUCGCGCAAAGUAAUACUAAAUAAUUUGAACAUAGCUUUAGGAAAUGUUCUUGUGCAAUCGCUCUGUUAAUGCUUUUAUGUAAUUUAAUAUUUUUCGCCUUUAUAUAGAAUCAUUUUCAACAAUAUCUUUUCAUAUAUUGUUUAUGAAGUAGCUGAAUUUGUUGUUUGUUACUGUACUUUUAUAGCUUGUAUUUAGGAUCAAAAUAUCUCUUCAUAGUAAUUGAAAACAAUUUUACUAGUCUAUCUUUUAGUGCUAACGUUUAAUACCUCGAUUUAGAUGUACCGAUCAUGAUGUACUUUAACGUACCGUUUAAUAUGAUUUUUGUUGAAUUGACAAAAUUGUUUAGGGUUUGCUAGAAAAUUGUAAUGGAUUAAUGGUGUAUUCGAUUAGAUUCUAUUUUAAAGUCGUAGAUAGAACAUUUGUACGUCAGAUAAUUGUCUAUACCUAAGUAUGUUGUAGCGUAUGAGCAUAUGUAGUUCAUAAAUAUCUUCGAUUUUAUAUAUCUUUAUGAUAAUGAUUUGCCAUAUAACGUGUUACGAAAUGUAAAAGCUUCCCGUUGCAAUGAGUAUAAAAAUAUUAUUGUUUGUUUUUUAAUGUUAUAAUUAUUUAUAAAUAUGAAUAUUUUACGCCUCUAGUACCGUGUAUGCUCGUACGAAAUGUUUUUUAUAAGUUAGUAUAAUGACUAGUAAUAAAAUUGUACCAAAAUAUCACAAAGAAAUGUUUAGAGAAAUUACAAUUUACGUAGCGAAUAUGUACGCGAAUGUACUCUAUAUUUUUUCACGUUAGUUUUAUAAGUUUUAAAAAAAUGUAUUGAUUUCUACGAUAUAAUAUGUCCAUUUUAAUCAUAGAAUAAAAAUCUGGUCAUGAUUCCGGUACAGCUUUGUAAUGAUUUAACUUCGAUGUGUCUGUAGAUUUGUUACUGUGACAUUAGUCACGUAUUUUUUUUUAAUUAUUUGUAAAUAAAAACUUUAUUGA